AUGACUGUAGUUAGUCACUAUGAAAGUAGAUCCCUAUAUCCUAAGACUCUGUACAAUGGAAACCAAAAAAAAAAAAAAGAACAAGAAGAAAAAAAAAAGAGUGCCAUCUUGGUUACACAGUACACAGAAUGGCCAUCCAGUGAUGAUUCCUCGGACAAUGACUACAUACCAAUGGAUGACUCUGAUGAAGAACAGUUGGUAUUACGCAAAAAGAGACGACAGAAAGUGACAGAAGACAAAACCCCUGUUGUACACUUCUCUCAUAUCAAUGCUGUGCCUAUUGAUGUUUGGGUUGAGAUUUUCUCACGUUGUGUGGAAUUGGAAGGUGCCUUACCAUUUCUUGUCAGAGCUUCACAAGUUUGUAGAACGUGGUAUGAAGCUUCCAAGUGCUCAAGACUCUGGCAAAACAUUGACCUUGCAUAUGGCUGGAUAAAGUCUGUUGAUUCCACUUUGAAAUGGCUCAGUGAGAACCGUCUUCUACAAUGCAAGUCUCUUAACCUGAAUGGAUGGAAAAAUCUGACUGCCGAAGGAUUAAGAGCUGUUGCACUCAACUGCCCUAAUUUAGAAAACUUGGAUAUAUCAAAUACCACCAAAAAGCUAAAGAACGAAGGUAUAGAUGCUAUAACUCAGAACUGCCCUAAACUUUCUACAAUUAAUCUUCUAGAUUGCAAAGCUCUUGAAAAAAACCAUGUCCCAUUAGAAUCACUUCUGACAUAUUCAUCCAACAGCCUUACUCAUCUCCCUUUUGGUGGAAUUGCUGUCCAACAGCAGAAGAUUAAUGAGUUGUUCAAUACUCAACUUAUCAACUGUCACAAUCUUGAGGUUUUAGAGCUCAUUAAUAUUUCCUGUACUCGGCUCAACAUUGAUAUAGAGAAAUUCCAAAUUUCACUUCGCAAACUGUCCAAACUUGUCAUUAUAAAAUGUCCACUUGUGUCUCCCAAAAUUACAAAAUUACAAAUGGAAGAAUCAGUUGGGUUCCCGAUGCUAAAACACCUUUCUUUAAGUUUGUCUGACAAAAGUUCAGUGUUGACUGAAACAGCUCAUAAUAUUUUGAAAAGAUUACUAAAGAACUCACAUAACCUGGAAAUCCUUGAACUUGAUCAGUUCUGCAAAAUCACACCGGAAGUAAUUAAUUAUGUUAUGUCUGAUAAACUUAAAUUCCUGCGGUUGUCCAGGAACGCCAUUAUUCAAGAUGUUUCAUUAGUUCAGUUCUCCUCGACUUUGGAAGGCUUGGAUCUAUCAGAUAUUGAACCUCGUCAUCGAGUAAAUGAAUUACUAAGUGGUUUAGUCCAGCCUCCUGGAUCUCAAUUAUCUCGAUUAGAUGUCUUUAACUCUCAGAUUUCUCUUGAAGUUCUCCAGUUACUCCUCAAGAAGCUACAACAUAUGAAAUACCUCAACAUUUCUUAUUGCCGUGAGUUACCCAGAGGAAUUAAGCGACUUCUUAUUGAUAAAGAAAUUCAAGACUUACGCAAGAGACUUCUUUGAGAUUUUCAUGCUGUAUACGCAUAAAUAUAUAUGCUGGCAUGUUGACAGGAAAUCCUCGCAUACAUUCCUCAUUAUUUUACAGAAUGUUCUAGUUGUGGUAUCAUUAUUAAAGAAAUUGUAAUGUCUUUGAUGUGUCGAAACACAACAAAAAUGUGUAAUGUCUUUGAUGAGAUACAACACAUCAAAAAAGCAUCAACUAGUCUGGCCAAAGGCAAGCCAGAAUUUCUUGUGUUAUCACGACAAAACAUACUGAGUAGAUUCAUCCAAGUGAUUGGCAAUGGGAGCAUUCACCCAUAGAAGACAUUCUAAAAAAUGGAACAGACGUGACUUCGAACAAGCACUGGCUUGGUCCCUACCUGACUCAUUUGCUCCAUGCCUUAAUAGAAAAGCAGAUGUAAAAUGGUGAUGACUUCGCUCCAUGCCUUAAUAGAAAAGCAGAUGUAAAAUGGUGAUGACUUCAAUAUGCUUACAAUAGCAGAAACACAUAUAUGUAUCUGCAUAUAAACAUAACUGAUUUGCAGAGAAUAUUGUCAGCCUAGAAGCUUUCGUUAAUGUCUUCAGCUGC